GAUAUGGCCCUUUUUGCUGGACCAGGGUCCGCAAGGGUCUUCCGUGUAACUGGAUCUAUUGCGUUUGUUCUUCAAGCACGUCUUGUAAUGAUUUUGUGGAGUUUGAUUGGUUAUCCUGGUACGGGAGGGGACACGGAGAUCAAAAGAGAUUUAUUUGGGUGGUAG